AUUAAUGUUAUGAUUUGUGAAUGUGAAUUAGCGAACCCACCGGCCACCAUAAGUAAUUGCGUUUUCAAUAAAGUCGGCGUGUCGUCUCCUCCGGUUUCCACCACACCCCUUAAAGUCAUAACGCCAGCAGAAAAUUAGGAAGCAAAAAAUGGGAAUAGUUGAAGAAGCUCACAACGUUAAAGUUGUAGGCUCAGGCGAGAAGACCAUAGUCCUCGGCCAUGGCUUCGGCACUGAUCAAUCUGUUUGGAAACAACUUGUCCCUUACCUCGUCGAUGAAUAUCGAGUUGUACUUUACGACAACAUGGGUGCUGGACCGACCAAUCCUGAUUACUUCGAUUUUGAUCGACACUCUUCCCUUGAAGGUUAUGCCUACGAUUUACUUGCUAUUUUAGAGGAGCUUCAAAUCAGUUGUUGUAUGUAUUUAGGACAUUCCUUAUCUGCUAUGACCGGUGUUGUUGCUUCCAUAUUUCGUCCUGACCUCUUCUCCAAACUCAUCCUUGUUUCUGCUUCCCCAAGGUUCAUAAAUACAGAUGACUAUUAUGGAGGAUUCGAGCUGAAAGAUAUAGAGCAACUAUGCCAGGCAAUGGAGUCGAACUACAAGGCAUGGGUAUCUGGGUUUGCGCCAUUAGUGGUGGGAGGUGACAUGGAUUCAGUGGCAGUACAAGAAUUCAGCAGGACAUUGUUCAACAUGAGACCUGACAUAGCACUUAGCGUUUUCCGCACCGUUUUCACGUUUGACCUAAGGCAUUUUCUGUCCUGUGUUACUGUGCCUUGCCAUAUAAUUCAGAGUUCAAUGGACGUGGCGGUGCCGGUGGCAGUUGCCCAAUAUUUACACCGGAAUCUGGGCGGCAAGUCUAUUGUGGAGAUCAUCUCAAAUAUAGAAGGUCAUCUUCCGCAUUUGAGCGCUCCUGAGGCUACUAUUCCCGUGUUGCUUCGACACAUUUCUCAUGACAUAUAUAACUCUGAUGCUGCUUAAAAUAUUUACACAUACGAGUAUGAUUACUAAUUUACUGUUUCUAAUAACAUUCCUAUUUGUCUGAACUUGUCAUGAGUAAAUAAAGUAUAAUGAAAAUAUAGGCGGCAAGUCAGUUGUUGGA